CUAGUAAAAUAAAAAAAAAGUUUGGAUGGAUGGACAUUUGUUACUACUCUUACAAAACUGUACAAAUGUUCUCAAAUAUUAUACAGAUGUAUGCAAAGUCUGGAAGAACAUAUUACUUAAGAUUUUUUCUCGCAAAUGUGGGCAUAAGUUAUAAAUACUAUAGAAGUUUACCAGCUUAAUAGACAGAAUCUUUUAUGUGUUACAUUUUAUAUGUGAUUUUGUAUGAGCAGGGCAACUGUACCAGCUGCUGCUGGACUUCUGCGAGGAGGGGCUGCCCCCCUCCCGCCUGCACCGCUACAUACUGCGCCAGCUCGCCGCCAACUCCCCCACUCUCUUCACUGAAAGCGAAAUCCAAGAUGACGUAGAUAUGAUAGACUCGGUAGAAACUGAAUGCUUCAACUCUCCCUUCGAAUAUAACUCGAACUCACAAGAGGAAUGUUCACUUGCGAUAAAUCUAAACGACGCCAAUAAAAACGUUGAAAAGCACACACAGUCAUCAAGUAACGACAAAAUGGAGACGGGCGACAAAAUGGCGGUCGAUGACACAAUAGCGGCGGAUGACAAAAUGGCGACCGAUGACAAAAGGGAGUCCAACAACAAAAUGGCAGCCAGUGAUUCAAGUGAUAUGACGUCACGCUUGUUCCAAGAAAUGGAGAAACUCGAUGAAGGCAGUGGAAGUUUGAAUUUGACCCGGCCGCAUACAUUGCCGCUCUCACACAACGUGCAGUCGACCAGCGGAGGCGACGCAGCAAGGGACACCAAACGUUCCUCGAUGGAUUUGUCGAUGGAGAUUAAAAAGAAAAUGAGCAAGAAGAUAACUGAUUACUUCUCCAAGAAGUCAAUUUGAUGCAUAAUUCUAUGUGAAAUAAAUGUUUUAAUCAA